GGUAUGUCAAUAAUUUAUUAAUUAAAAGAAGGGCCACUAGGCUAUGCAUGUUUUGUGGAAAUUAAUAAAAGUGUUAAAGAAUAACAUAUUAUUUUCAAGGUUCAAUCCAACCCUACUAAAGCGGAAGAAGAAGACAACGAACUCUCUGAAAACCCGUCAACCCAAAAAUAUGUGCCUGUUUUUGGUAAAGCAACAAAGUCGGGUGAAAAACCUACCUUAGUGGGUGUGGUCGAUGGCAUAGCUGAAAGUAAAGCAACAAAAAUUAGAAAAAUAGAUGAUUCUGAGAUGAUUCAGAUUUCAUCAAAGGAGCAAGCCAUAGGGAAAGUAUUGACAAAAAGUUUGGUAAUUGAAUUGGAGGCUUCAGCAGCAAAAGAUGUGCCAAACGGAGCGGAAAAUGCGUCCAUUAACAACACAAACUUAGAAUGUAAUGAAAUGAACAGUAAUCAAACGGAUGAUUCUAAAAAUUGCGUACAAAAGAGUUCACAGCGUGUACACGAAGCAGCGGAAAAGGAAGUGCAAGAUAGUGGCAAUGGAGGUUCAGCCGAAGAGUCAAAUUUCAACCCUAAGCAGCUGGAAGAAGAGAGUAAAGAAGUGAAUGACAGUGAGAAGGUAGUUGAAAGAGAAAAGGAAAAAAACUCGGAGUGUUUACCAGUUGUCGUUGAAGAGGCAAAUGAUAUUGUGAAUGAGAAGCUGUUUCCAGGAAAGAAAGAAGUAUUGGAGAUGGAGGAAGGAAUCAACCAGGAAGAAGGGCUGAAACAUGAAGAGGCAGUUUCAGAUCGUCAAACAGAAUCUUCUUUUGAAGCUGUCAAUCACAAGGAAAAAAGCACCACCUCGAGACUUGCUGAGAAUAGUCAAUCAAAACAAGGUGAUUCAAGUGAAUCCCUGCUUAAAACAGACCAAUUAUACGUAGUGAAAGAUGGAAAUGGAGUUAAGAAUAUCAAUGAUAACAUGUCAUCUACACCAAAAAUAUUGAUGUCUGAAGUAGCAUCAACAACACCCUAUGUUGAGGUAAAAGCCGAGGCAGCAAGAGAUGAAUGUUUGAAUGAAAACUGCGGAAAAUCUGAUCUGCAGUUAGAAUCUAACUGUACAGUGAAGAGCAGUGAAGAAAAUAGUAAUUCAAAUGUUGAAGAUUGUCCCACAAUUAUUAGUCGCAUCCAAGAAAAUUUAGAAAGUUCAACUGACAAGCAAUGUUUAUCAUCUGUAAGAAAAACGGUAGAAAGUUGUAUAGUCACGGAGCAAAUGGAGGGAAAUUCAUUAAUAAUAAAGGAUAAGAAUCUCCUAGGAAAAGGAACAGCAACACAGGAGUUGGUUGAUUUCGACAAAGAUGAAAUGAUGACUGAUUCUCAACUCAAUAUGCUGGACGACGAAAUAUUGAGCAUGGUGAUCAACAGAAACGGUGAUAGUGAAAUAGAGAAUGAAGAAAGAGAAAAAAAGCAACAAAAAACAGUUGAAGAUUACUAUGCCAGUGGUGCAUUGUUGAUGAAAGGGCUGAUUGAUGAAAUAUCUGGCGUGACGAAAACAAUUGUUUCAACGAAGAAAUUUGUCGACACCCUAAAAAGAGAACGACAAACGCGAAUAAACACAAUUUGGAAAUACAACCAAAGCAACAUGAACUAACCAACAGGUUUGCGAAGGAACAAAAAUUUUCAUUUCCC